UGACCAAGGAAAAGGGACACAGACGAAGAGAGGAGACAAAUAAGAAAAAGGUGUACAAAUUCAGUCCAACAACAAAAUCUCCAAAAACUCCAAUACAAAUUACAUACAAACACCAUUUCAUCAUCUGUCCUUGAUUCGCUAAUUACUACUACCACUACUCUUCAUCAUCUCUCAAUUAUCCCACAAUCCUGCACUUUUACAGUCUCAUCAACAACAACUGCAGCAAAUUCUUUCACAAGAGUGAACAGUGAUGAGUAGUAAUUUGAAGAAAUCUGGUUCUAAUGCCCAUGAACUAUCUCUGCCACAUGAAGAACAGCUAAAGAAGAUUGGUGAGGUAAGGACCGCAGUAAGUCCUAUCCCGGAAAAGUUGUCUAAAUUUUGUUCUGAUGCACAAAUUGCAAGAUACUUGCGAGCACGAAACUGGAAUGUUAAAAAGGCCACAAAGAUGUUGAAAGAUUCUUUGAAAUGGAGAUUAGAAUUCAAGCCCGAACAGAUUCGUUGGGAAGAUGUUGCUAGUGAAGCUGAAUCGGGAAAAGUAUACAGAUCAACUUCUGUUGAUAAGGAAGGGAGACCUGUCCUGGUCAUGCGGCCUAGUCUUGAGAACUCCAAGUCCGUAGCAGGACAAAUUAAAUACUUGGUGUAUUGCAUGGAAAAUGCGAUCCUUCACUUACCAUCUAAUCAAGAGCAGAUGGUCUGGCUGGUCGACUAUUGGAAUUUCAGUUUAUCAAAUAUUUCACUCAAAUCAGCCAAGGAAGCUGCCCAUGUAUUACAAAACCAUUAUCCAGAAAGAUUGGGUGUUGCUAUUUUGUAUAACCCUCCUAGGUUAUUCGAACAAUUUUACAAGGUGGUUAAACCUUUUCUGGAGGCAAAGACUCGGAAGAAAGUGAAGUUUGUUUACACUGAUGACGAAAGCACGAAGAAGAUCAUGGAAGAAGUUUUCGAAAUGGACCAGCUCGAAUCUGCAUUUGGUGGGGAAAAUCCGGAAACUUUUGAUAUUCAAAAGUAUGCGCAAAGAAUGAAAGAAGAUGAUGAAAAAAUGCGGUCUUUCUGGGAAGAAGCAUCUGUAGUUGACUCGAGUUGCAACAAUGGUCUUAUUAUGCAUGAGAGGUCACUGUCUGAUCCAUCCGAGGGUGAGGCAGAGAGUGACGGUACGCCAUCUUCUUCAACCGCUGAGGAUUCCCGAGCCUCUACGCCAGAUGUCGGGUUGUCAGUGGCUACCGUGAGCCUUGAGGAACCUGGACAUGUUAAAGUUUGAUAUAACAGCUAACCCGAAUCUGACGAAAUCUCUUGGUUAUGAAUUAUGAUGUACAAACAAUGUAGACCAAAUUCUUGCAAAUAAUCCUUUCUUCUGAAUUAUAUGUGUAGUAGUAUAUAGUUCUGUUUUUGCUGGCUUAUCAGUUUAUAGAGAAGUGGCAUAAUGGAAGUUGUAUUGAUCCCUGA